CAGCCCGCGUCUGCGCAUGCGCACUCCGGCAUUUUGGAAGUCUUGGACGAGCUUCUAUUUCGGUUAGCCUUAUUUUUUUGCGUAUUUACGACGCUUUUCUGAAAACACCUUCAUUAUGGCGGAUCCAAGAAUACGCCAGAUAAAAAUAAAGACUGGAGUCGUGAAACGGCUGGCUAAGGAAGAGGUAUUGUACAUAAAGGAGGCAAAACAGCAGGAGGAGAGAAUCGAGCGUCUGAAAGCCGAGUCAGGGGAUGAGCAUGUUAUCAAGAAACAGAUGGAGGUGUUGCAGGAGUCGAGAAUGAUGAUUCCAGACUGUCACCGCCGUUUAGCCAUGGCUCAUGCUGAUCUGCAGCAGCUGUUGGAAACGGGGGUAGAUCUGGAGGAACUGGAGGAAUACAAGGAGGCCAGAAAUGUUUUGGACUCUGUCAAAUUGGAGGGAUGAUGUAAACACGCCUGCGCAACACAUGUCCAUUCCAUUAGUCAGGAGUUCUUAAUAAUGUUGAUGCAGACAAGUCUGGUCAUUGUCUCUUUUUUGUAUUUAUUUUUCACACAAUGAAUAUAUUGUGUCACUGCAUUCUCUGUUGAUUGAUUUGAAGUUACAAAAUUAAAUAAACAUUGUUACUUUACAA